GCGCAGGGCUGCGGGGCGUGAGGCGGAGCGGGGCCGGGCUGGGGCUGGGGGAAGGCGGCUCCGCACACGCAAGAUGGCGGCGGUGGAGCUGGAGUGGGUGCCCGAGACGCUGUACAACACGGCCAUCUCGGCUGUGGUGGACAGCUACGGGCGGGCCCGGCGCCGGGACAUCCGCUCGCUGCCCGAGAAUAUCCAGUUCGACGUUUACUACAAGCUUUACCAACAGGGCCGAUUAUGCCAGCUGGGUAGUGAAUUUUGUGAACUAGAAGUUUUUGCGAAGGUGCUACGAGCUUUAGAUAAAAGACAUCUGCUUCAUCACUGUUUUCAGGCUUUGAUGGACCAUGGAGUAAAAGUUGCUUCUGUACUGGCCUAUUCUUUCAGUAGACGGUGCUCCUACAUAGCAGAAUCAGAUUCUGCUGUAAAAGAAAAAGCAAUUCAGAUUGGUUUUGUUUUAGGGGGAUUCCUAUCAGAUGCUGGCUGGUAUAGUGAUGCUGAGAAGGUAUUUCUUUCCUGCCUUCAGCUGUGCACCCUUCAUGAUGAAAUACUUCAUUGGUUUCGUGCAGUAGAAUGCUGUGUAAGGUUGCUGCAUGUUCGAAAUGGUAACUGUAAAUAUCACUUGGGAGAAGAAACGUUCAAACUAGCUCAGUCUUACAUGGACAAGCUUGCAAAACAUGGUCAGCAAGCAAACAAAGCAGCACUCUAUGGGGAGUUGUGUGCACUGCUUUUUGCCAAGAGCCACUAUGAUGAGGCUUACAAAUGGUGUAUAGAAGCUAUGAAGGAGAUCACAGUUGGCCUGCCUGUAAAAGUAGUAGUGGAUGUUUUGCGACAAGCUUCAAAGGCUUGUGUUGUAAAACGUGAAUUUAAGAAGGCUGAACAGCUGAUAAAACAUGCAGUAUACCUUGCUCGGGAGCAUUUUGGAGCCAAGCACCCCAAAUAUUCUGAUACGCUACUAGACUAUGGAUUUUACUUGCUCAACGUAGAUAAUAUAUGCCAAUCUGUUGCGAUCUAUCAGACAGCUCUCGAUAUUCGGCAGUCAGUAUUUGGAGGUAAAAACAUACAUGUAGCUACAGCUCAUGAAGACUUGGCUUACUCUUCUUAUGUUCACCAGUACAGCUCUGGAAAAUUUGACAAUGCACUAUUCCAUGCUGAACGUGCUAUUGGCAUUAUAACACAUAUUCUCCCAGAAGACCAUCUGCUCUUGGCAUCUUCAAAGAGAGUUAAAGCACUUAUCCUGGAGGAGAUUGCAAUAGACUGUCAUAACAAGGAAACUGAGCAGAGGUUACUUCAAGAAGCUCAUGACUUACAUCUGUCCUCGCUUCAGUUAGCUAAAAAAGCUUUUGGGGAGUUUAAUGUACAGACAGCAAAACACUAUGGCAACCUUGGAAGACUGUAUCAGUCCAUGAGAAAGUUUAAGGAAGCAGAGGAAAUGCACAUCAAGGCAAUUCAGAUUAAGGAGCAGCUUCUGGGUCAAGAAGAUUAUGAAGUUGCCCUGUCAGUAGGACAUCUAGCUUCUCUCUAUAACUAUGAUAUGAAUCAAUAUGAAAAUGCUGAAAAGCUUUAUUUGAGAUCCAUAGCAAUUGGAAAGAAGCUUUUUGGUGAAGGAUACAGUGGACUUGAAUACGAUUACAGAGGUCUCAUUAAACUGUACAAUUCCAUUGGCAAUUAUGAGAAAGUUUUUGAGUACCACAAUAUUUUGGCCAAUUGGAACCGGUUGCGAGAUCGGCAGUUCUCUGUUACAGAUGCUCUGGAGGACGUAAGCACCAGCCCUCAAUCCACUGAAGAAGUGGUCCAGUCUUUUCUGAUGUCUCAGAACAUUGAUGGACAGAGUAGCUAAGAACUUGGUCAAUUAACCAGUUAAGGUUUUUUCCCCAGAUUACAGGGGAAAAGUCAUACUGUGAAAUCUAAACCAUGUAGUUCUCUGGGGGCUGGAAUUUGCAUUGAAACACUGGUCCAGUCUACUGAAGAGUGCCCAUACGGAUGAAUGUGUGUUAAAUUCUUAUCAGCAUGUGUAUGGCAUGUUUAGUUCGGCUCACAUUUUUAACUGGGUAUUCCAGAAAACCCCUACUUUCUCUCUUCUUUCGAAAGAACCUACUUUACAGAAAGUCUGCAAGAGAACAUUAAAUAAAACUGUUUGAGUUCAAAAGAGUUGCAUUCUUGUUAUGAAUGGAAGGUUUCAUCAAGAGCUUUCUUCUGAUAUACAGAAAGAAUAAAUGCUAUGCUGUAAGAAAUUACACAAGAGAGGUCUUUCUACUGUAUGCAUUGUAGCAAAGUUAAUCACAAAUAUUAAGAAAAGGGAGAAUGCCUUGGCUGCCACCUUACGAAGAGAAGUGGCAAAGAACCACUUGGGAGAGAGCAACGUACUCUUUGUGAACCACGAUAAGUUGAUGAGCAAAUAACCACCGUAUGUUGUUGUUAAUAUCCUGAACUGGACCAGUGUUCAUCUGUAAGCGAUAGAAGAUCCAGUAGACCAGCAAUCUUAGUUUUCUUUGGUACCAACCAAGAGUGCUAACUUUCCUAACAGGACCAGGAAAAUCAAAAGUGGACCAGCCUGCUAGAAACAGUUUUUGGACCAGUGGCUUUAAUUUAAUAUUUCUGCCCCUGCAUUCACUUUUACGGUAGAAUUAUUUCAUUUAGAUGUAUGAUCAGUGCAAAAUUAUAUUCAUGUAAUAGAUACAAAACUAGGAAGUGAACGUUCUUUAGCAGUUGCGAUGGCAUGUCUUUACUUAGUAAGCGUAUACAGAUAUUAAUGUCAAUGCCACACACAAAAACUAGAAAUGCUUAACUAUUUGCUGCAGCCAUUUUUUAUUUUUAUUUUUGAAUGGGCUUACUCUAAUAAUUGAGGCAGUAACUUGUUUAUACCAGUUAAUAGUUUUGUAUUACAAUCCAGUUCAAUUUUAUGUUUCUGGAGAACACAGCUUAUUGUACAGUUUGCAGGGGUCAGUGGAAAAUGCCAAAAAGCACAACAGGUCUUUUUUGUGAUGCUUCGUUUCUACAUUAAAUGAUAGUACAACCAGAAACUGAUUCCUUUACGUUAAUUUAAAAAGCAGAAGUCAGCUGUAAAGAUCCUUUAAUAAUGCCUAUCUCACUAGCCUGUCUUAAUUUUUCUUCUGUUGGGGCAUGGGGGCUGCUUUGCUUUUUUUUUUUUUUUUUUUUUUUUUUUUUUUUUUUUGAGUGUGUGGGUUUUGUUUUCUGGUUUUUGGUUUUGUUUUUUUGUUUUUUUUAAUUGUUGAGGUAAUACUCAUUUGAAAGUCUGUGUAACAUAGCAAACUAGAAACAACUCACUGCUGUUACCUCAGUUCUUAUUAUAGUGGCACAAACAGUGCUCCUAUAGUUAGGAUUCUGUCAGUUUGGGUUCCCUUCCCCCCCUAUUUUCAGGGGUUUGUAACUUGGCCAUGAAAGUUCAGUCCAAGCUGAGGCUCUGCAAGCAAGGUUCCUGCAGGACUUGGACUGGAUGUUUUGUUUGGGGUUUGUUUUUUAAUUUGUUUAUAAAGCUUGGGACAGGGAAAGCUGCUUGAUGGUCUUCAAAAAAGAGUGCAGAGAAGAAACAAAUGUCAGACACUACUUUGAGCCUAACAGCUCUUUUAAGAACUGAAAUUGUACAGGCCAAUAGUUCGUAUACUGGUGCCUUCGAGUAUAAUUUUGGGGGAAAGGCUGAAUAACACCAACUUGAAAAUGCAGUUAUAUAAUUAGUGCAGCUUUAAUGAUUGCACACUUGGAAUACUUUUACUGACAUAACAAGUAGUAUUUGCAUUAAAAAAAAAAAAAAGCUGGUAUUAAGACUUACAUUGCAGUGUAUCCUCAAAGGCUGUUCAAGGAAAAGCCAACUUAAAAUUAUGCAUGGAUUUUAAAUCUAAUUUCUUCAUAGUAAUUUUUCUUGUUUACGAGUGCUUUAGGUACUACAAGCAAAUUUGGCUGUCUACCAGGCAAAAUAUUUUCAUCCCCAAAUGUUCAUACGUUAGGGCACUGAUGAAUUAGAUAUUAUGAAUUCUCUUCUUUAAUCCUGUUAAAACUACUUAAAUGAAGCUUGUAAUAUUAGUAUCAGAACUUGGGCAGAGGAGGCGUGCUUAAAAUUGUCCUAAACAAGCUGUGUAGCUUCUGUACAGCAGAAACGUUUAACAGCCUCAAACCAGGUAUGUGGAUUUCCACUUAGAGCACCUGGAGCUGCUUGCCUGGGGUUUGCAGUUAGGUCUCUGCUUCCAGAUUUUGACUGACAAAACUCAAAGGUCUCAAGGUUUUUUGUUUGGGGUGGUGAGCUUGACUGGAGGUGAGCAAACAGGAGGGCUCCUGGUGUGGGACAGGUUAGGGAGGCGUUACACUGCUGAGAACCAAAUGUUUGUUCAAUUCCUUCAAUGAGUAGCUUUAUUCUGUUUUCUCAGACCUUCUGAGUGGAUGUACAUUUCUCUUUCCCCAAGCUACUUCACCAGCAUGUUGUAUACCUCGGUGCAUUGGCUUGUCUGGAAGGAAUUGAUGUCCUAUAAAUCACCCAGGGUUCUCUUGGAUGGUGGACUUUGGCCAGGAAACAUGACUUGGAGAAGAGCACUUGCAGUGCUCCUUGUAGGACUACUAGCGUGCUUUUCAUGUGAUUAAAUUAAAUCCUGACCCAACUGUUGGGUUGAACUUCUCAUUGUAGCACUUCAGUAACUCCAGUCGUGCCAAGGCACGCACAUUUUGGAGAAAGGUAGCUGGGGCUGAUUGCUGAAGUUGUCAAAGUGCUGAAGCUUUGCACAACAACUUUGCAGCUACAAAAUGCUUUGUCGCCUGCUCUGCAUGCCGUAGCUCAGAGCCUUCACCUAAUGCUGUCCUUGCUGCAGAUGCACUCUCCAUGCAAUAACCAAACUGACCUUUCUAGUUUUGGGUUCUGCCUCUCUGGUGGUGUUCUCAGAAGAACUUAGCUGUCUGUAUUGGCAUGUGGAGACGAUAUGUAAAAUGUGCUGCUUGUUGUCACUCUGUCACUGUCUCUGCUGUUACAGCUUGUUGUUUGAUAUGCCUGAGAAAAAAGGAGUAAAAUUGGGUGACUUCAGAGGAAGGUAAAUGACUUGUCCCUCUGUAAGGGCAGGAGCAGCUCCAGUGUGAUUGGAUUGGGUUUCUUUGUAUUGCUUCAUCAUUAUGCCAUGACUUCUUCUGCACUAGGUAGAGCUAAAGGAGCAGAGCAUUAUCCACUGUGUUCUCCGUACCGUGCGGCUUGUUAGUACAGAACUUGCCAACACAGACCCUGCACCUCCCUCCCACUAGAGGUAGAAAUGAGGAAUUCCUGUCCUAUGUUUAGCCCUAACACAAGUUUUCAAUGCAUUCUUUUGUCAAUUUGUCAGUACUUUACAAUCUGAUUGUAAGUAUUGGAGAAGGGGGCUACGUCUAACCACUGUGCAUGGUGGGAGACCUUGUGUCUGCUGAGAUUCAGUUAGCCAGCCAUGAAACAAUAAAGUUGAUUAAUCAUUGGCAUUUUAUAUGUGUACAAUGCACCUACCACUAGCUGAGAGUGCUAUCUGGUGCUGGUGCUAAAGGGGAGAACAGGGCUCGCACCUCCAAUGAAAUGCAUCUUCAGAAUUAUCUUGAUGGUAAGUAAUUGAAUCACUCGAGUAACUGGAAACAAGUGGUGAGGACAGGUGUCACCUUAUGGAAAAUUAACUGUUGUUUAAGCCCUCAAUUUAUUUUCAGCAUGAAGCUUUUUGAAUUGGUUAUUUGUAUGUCUUGUUUGAAGCAAACACUGCAAUUUGUAGAGGGAAGAAUGAGAUAUCAGGAUUCCCGCACUGGGACUUGGGCUAUUCUGGGUGACUUGUCUGUGGAAAGGGAAAAGCUUGCAAAGACUUAACUGACAAAAGGGGAAGGGGAAAUUUGCUUCUGCAAUGUUCGAAAAUAAGCAUAUCCCUCAGUUACUUGAAGUACAACACCUAGCAACUAUUUGGCCCCAAACAGUUGUUUGGUCACUUCUGUAGCACGAUGUUAACUCUGACCAGGCAGUGUCUGCCUCUGCAUGCUGGUCUUCAUGUGCACACUUUACUUGUAUACCUGGUGUUUAAUUUUUUUUUUUUCACACGGGGUUUUUGUUAAAGAAUUUUGAAGGUCUUUUUGUUGUUGAAAUCUAACUUAUUAGGACAACAGUGUUCUUUUUUUUUUUUUUUAAUUACCUUUAAAAAUGAAGUUUUUCUCUAAAUGUGCUGCAGUCUGAAACUUGCUAAAGGUGCCGUUGCGCUGCUUCUCAUGGUACAGAAAAUGCACAUUUAACUUGAUUUCCUUUUUAGAAUCAGAUGUAUUGGUAGAAUACAAGAAGGAAAAUGCAUCGUGCCUAAAACAUGAUUGAAGCUAUUGACAAAAACUUUACUUAAUUUAUAUGGAUCAGAUGCAACUUUGCAGGCUAGCAGCAAGUAGCGUGGGAGAGGUGUUGCUGUUAGCAGUCUCUAAACAAAACUCCUUCCGUCUGCUGCCUGUGCGGAGACUUUAUUUUAUCCGAAGCUCAUUGUAUUCCCUUUUUUCCCUUAUGGUUUCUAUAAUAAGAAAAUUACUGGCCAAAUGUUAAUUGCAAAUCUGACUGUUGUGGGUGUUUUCAUGUUUGACACGUACGGCCUGUUGCACGUUUUGUUUCUUGGCCUUCUGAGGAUUUCUGUGAGAAGCAGGGAAGAAAUUUCCUUUACCUAGAGAUAAACUAAACUGCGUGCAGAAAAUUGACAGCACUGGUAAUGCUUUUGUCCCUAAAUCUCAGGAAUGUUUUAGGCAGUGAAACAGGUUUCCCUUUGGUGAUAUAAAGGUGCGUGCUCUAGGGUCUUGUUUAACAAUAUUUCAUUGCAAUCCUAGGUAUCUAUAGCAUGAGUGGCCUUAGUGAGUUUGUUGAAGUGCACAUUUUUUUUUUCAAAAGUAAAUUUUAAGAUGAAAAAGAUAUAUACUAUAUAAAUAUAUAGAGAUAUUUAGAAACUUGGUUUGUGGUGCACAAGUUCAGUGUUGGAUCACUAAAUAAUUGUCGCAGGUACCAUAUGUGUAACUUUUUUCUUUUAUGUAUAUUCCUUUAUGGGAAGCAAUGUUGCCAUGGUAACUAGAACUUUACAAUUUCUUUACUACUUAAUGAUGUGAAUGAACUCUACAUUUUAUUGAAUAUUACCAGGUUCAGUACUAUUUUUAUACUUUAUUGAACUACAGGGGAUUUUAAUUUAAUAGCAUUCUAAAAAAGAUGUUGCUUGAACUGUAUAACUGUAUAAAUUGAACUACUUAUACAAAAACACCUCUAAACCAGAAUCUUUACCUGUAGUGCCACAGUUGUUUAUAUGAAAAUAUCUUGAACAUUACUAGAUUUGGAAGACCACCCUACUUGUGUCAAGACUAACGUUUCGUAUCCCACUUCUCACAGACUGCAGUGCCCGACAUUAUUUGUAACCAUCAAACCAUACUAUGUUUGUAACCAGCAUUGUGAUAUUCUGUAAUUGUAUUGCUGAAAUGAAAUAUUGACCCAAUAAAUAUAGUGUUCCUGCA